GUCUGAUUAUUUUCUGAUUAAUGUCCUCCGUUGAUUAUAUGACCAGCUACUUAUUGAGUCGGUGACAUAAUUAAAUCACAGCUCUCUCUAACUUACAGCUCUCUCUAAGUUCUCCUGCCCCAACAAUGGAUAUCGCCACUAACAGUUCCAUCACCACCAACAACAAUAACUCCAUCACCUGGGUCAUCAUGAUCACUUUGCAGCAGACCCAAUUUCGACAUGGUAAAAUAGGAACCUCGUUUUUUGCUGAGUAUCAUAAGACCAGUUGCUUGUCGCCAUGUUCAACGCCACAACAUCAAGGAAAACGAUCUGAUCUGCUCUCUUCCUCACUCUUAAUCGGAUCUCUUGCUUGGCUUCUCAUGGGUCGAAAAAAUGUUUAAGAACGGUGGUAAAAUUGACAUUACUGAUAGAUUCCUCAUUUGCAAACAAAACCCGAUCGCGUAUUCCAAAGGAAGAAAGAGAGACGUUUUAAAACAUAAGAAAUGGUUCAAGCCAGUUCCUGGAAAAAGAAAAACGUUGUGUAUUGGAGAUCCCUUUCGAUCCUCAUGUGAGUUUAUCCCCAAAAUGACAGAGAAUCAUCUUCCUUCGUUGGCGAGCUUAGAGCGUUUAACACGUUUAUCAGUUUGUGUUUUGGAUACCAUUUUUCAAAUGAGUCGGAGAUCAAUCGCCAUAACUCUUUCGGGUUUGUAUCUGUCGAGAAUUCACUCCUCGAAGUUUGCCUUAAGUCCUUCACUUGCUGGGUUUGAAGCUGUUCUUGUUCCUAUUUACUCUUCCGUGGCUAAUCCCACGGCGGCAAGGCGGUUCUUCUGCAAAUUUCCGAUCUUUCUCAGCCUUUCUCUUUAUCAUACUCCUCGUACUAAGGUUAUUUCAACUGGGUUGUCAAGUAUUAGUCCGUCUGUUGGAGUUUUGUCUCCUCCUCUUGAGCCUCAGAUUGCUGUUAAGUCUACUAAACACCCCAUCAUUUUGUUUGUUUAUUUAUCUCCUUUAUUAAUCAUUUAAAUGAAUGUUCUCAAUGUGCACUAUUAACUGAACGCAGCUUCAAUACUAUAACAGUAAGAAUAUGAGUAAUGAUUCCCAAAUAAAUCGAUGUAGAAUUUAAGAGCUUGUUUGAAAGCUUUAGCAGUUGUAACAAGUCUAUUCUUUCGUCAAAAGUAGUACUGGACAGUUUGGUGGCGCGUACCGUUCAAUAGUUUUGCAUGUAGCAGCUGCCUUUAGAUCUUUAGUCCUAACUCCAGCGAUAUGACCUCUGAGUUGUACUACCAUCGUUGCAUCAUUGCCAUUGGAGUUGACAAUUAUAUUCUUACAAAAGGAAAUUAUUGAGUUGAUUAUGUUUUGUUUUCUCGCAAUCCUCUUUUUUGGUGUUUACAUCAGAUUUCAUGCUGUAAUAUGCUUGUUUCACUGUGUUUUACUUUAAAAUUUUGCAUGUUCUUGUUUUACAGAGAUGCCUUAUUUUAUGUAUUCUUGUGCAGGGAAUAUCUUCAUAUGGGAGGGAGUGUCAAGAUGGUGGAGCACACAUUAAAUGAGAUUGUUAUUUAUGGUGAGUUUUUUUUAAGUUGGUGUGGGAUUUUGUAGAAUUCGCAAUGCGAGUCUUUGAGAUGGUUAGAUAGAGAAAUGAGUGAUUAUUUGCUGAAGAAUGUGAAUGAGAUACGUAAGGAGCUUCAUGACUUGAAGAAUGCAGCUGUUGAAGCACGAGAGGAGCAAAUGGAGACAUUGAGAAGAAGAGAUCAGAUUAAUGAGUUGACGAAUGAAUAGAAUGUAGAACAUGCGCGAGUUACUGAUGCUAAUGCUAGAAAUGCAGCAAUGCUAGACCAAAUUGAGACUUUGAGGGCAGAAAUUCAGUCGUUAACGCACGAAAAUCGGUUAAUGCAAGAGGACCAUUUUGUGUUGAUUAAAGAUUGAUGUGCAUUGAAUCUUAAAUGGCAUAAGCAGCUGAAGUCAUUUACUGAUCAAAAGUAUAUGUUUUGCAGUCAUGAGUUGGGAAAUUUUUUUAGCCAUGUAUUGAUUUUAACUGCUCAAUUUUGUUCAUUUUUGGCAAAAACAUUUCUACUAUUCGUGUUUUGAUUAGUUUGACCUUAAUGAUCCAUCAAAAAAAUUUAGUGUCUUCAUAAUUA